AGUUCCCAACAAUUUUUUUCCCCAUAAUAAUUUCGUAUUCGCACUUACUAUAAUUUCACUUCACUUCAUCUUCAUCUUUCAUUUAAGUACUUUGCAACCCUCGUGCAGUGAUGCCAUGUUUUCGACAACUGUACUAGCUGCCUAGAUCUAGAUCGAGAUCACUACCGCGCGCACGUGGUACUGUUGUGCAUCGUACAGGCUCUUGUGGGCUUAUGCAUUGCAAAUGUUUACUCUGGUUCCUCUGGAAGUUUGUGUUGCUGGUACUUGCAAUGCAGGGCCACCUCUUGGUGAUGUACGGGAUAACAACAUGUGAAGGAAUUUUCCUCGGCUUAUAAUCUUGCGACGAGUUUAUUAUUAUUCGCGUUUAGCAUGACAAGAAACCGCGACCACUCAUCAACUACACGGCAAUCACAAAACCGCUGGCCAGUCGCAUUUUUCAUGCCCUGCAGAUCCUGUCCAUGUCCUUUCAAUUUUGCAUCACAAACCCAGACCCAGACCUGAGUAUUUGCCAUGCAUAGCGGCCUACUAGCAUCUUCUUCGUCGCGGGGAGGAGGAAAUAAUGCUGGACCACGACCGCCACCGCGCGGUUGUCCUACAGGAGAUCGUCAUCGACGUAGAGAUAUCCAUUGCAGCAAAUGUGUCCGGGUCGAAAAAUUUGUGUUGCUGAUAAGUAUAUACCAGCACUGCAGAAUGGCUGCCUGCACGGGUCAACAGCAUCAGUAGUUUCGCGAGGCCUAUUACAGAUUCAUUCGUUGUAAAACGCACUAUACAAACUUUGACCAUCCAGCAUGAUCAUGAAAGAUGAAACGCGCACUCACGGAAGAAGAUCACAGACCUUAAUCCAAAUCUCGCAUCACAAACCCAGACCAAGACAGAUUUGCAAUGCAUACGAAGAAGAACCGCAGGCGUGGGAGCAGAGGGACGGUGUUGGGGAGGAAGAUGCAAGCACGACGCCGCUGCUCGCAGGCUACUCUCUAUUCAAGAAAAAAAGAAACUGUGUCAGCGUAAGUCUGUCUCUGUGCUGCAAAAACUUGUAACGCAGAAGUUUACACUUGUCAUGUCAGACAGCCAAGAAGCUCCCUUUUCAUGAGAUGCGUUUUCACCUACAACUAGCCGUCCUUGAUAGGCUUUCUAUGUCCUACUCAGAUCAAAGCUGUCAUGCUGUAGGAUUCACUCUAAGUCUAAGGGAGUUCUUACACGAGCACAGUGCUUUUCUUGGAUACUGCUCUCAAGAACACCCGUCGUGGCAAUUAUCGGAGAAAGAUGAAGACUCUGACGUUGAAACCUUAACCUCAACUACGUCGGCACACGGCCAGAGUUGUCUUGGCGUCAGCACAAACAAGAGAAGUUCAAGUUACGAGAAUCAUUUUGGGCGGGCUGCAGUUGAUGAUGAUAAAGAUGGUGAACAAGAAUCUGAAUCGCCCACUUUUUUUUCGCGGUGUCCCGGACUUUUUGUUUUUUCUCCUUCUCCAGCAAACCUCCCAGUGUCAGCUUCGCGGUCACAAAAGCGGAAUAAAGUGCGCAGAAGGGGUUUUUGUGCGGGAAGGAGUGACGUCGGAGGACCGACAAAGCAGCGGUGUGGGCCGCUGACCAGCCCGCACUACAGUUCUUUGUCCUUCUUCAUGCUGUCCUUGUUGCUUGCUGGGAUUUUUUUGCUCGUGAUGUACGUUGGGCGUCUCGUCAACCACGCGGGUCCUGGAUCAAGCGUGCUUUCUUCCAUUUUUGGUUCUUUCCGUGCGGAGGACUUCUGGUUCGGAACUCCUGACGUUGUCUCGGCGCCACCGGUUGGCCCUGUCGUGGUGGUCAACAUGCCGUCUACAACUUCAGUCUCCGCGAAGAACUCAACUUCUAGUCCCGGCACUACAGCAAACGAGUACGAGAUGAAGCCGGAAAAGACUCUCGACGCCAGAUCUUCUACGACUUGUGGAGAAGGUAUGGAAGCGUCAGGACUGAAAUCGCUAAAGUUGAAAUGGUUUCUCAUGCAUAAAUUGCAAGGCAUGAAGUGCCUCUCUUGCAGGGGCAGCAAGUGAGGCCGACUGUCAGCCUGUUUGGGGUCUGCGGUAGAGCUGCUGAAGUAGCAUGACAAAAGACGCCUUCUGUCCCAAAACAUGACAUCAUGACAAACUGGAUUUAGACGUGGCCGAAAUUUGUCAUGCAGCGCUUGAAAAUUGGGCUUCCAACUGAUAUCGAUUUUAUGCAUUGCAAGUUAUUUCAACUUUGUCGAUUUCAGGCCUGACACUCUCAUAGAAGGACAAGGUACUCCAGCAUGUGCGCGGCCGCCAGGGGGGGCCAAGAACGUCGUCGCCCGACAUACACAACAGUUGCCGACCGCCGCAAGAACAGAAGCUCCGCCACAACUGGCAGCUGCCCCGUACUACCGGGAGACGUUGAUGGAACAUCAAAAAAGCGACAGUGAGACCAGGGAAACAUCAAAAAAGCAAGAAGGAUUUUACCGACCGCAGAAUAAAAACCGCGACAAUUAUCGUGUUGAAGAUUGGCACACCAAGGAUGACCGUGACCUGCCGCCAGUGCUGCGGCAGCCGGAUACCGUUACUACCGCGGACGAGGAUCGUCACGAUAUGAGAGCGUCGACUCGGAAAGCGACAAAGCGAAAAUCAAAAUGCUUUGUGAUGCAUGAAAUGCUACAUAUUACAGUAGAAUGCUUGUGUUGGAUAGCAGACAAAUUUAUGAGCUGGCCGCGUGUAUUAAGCUUCACAGUGGCGAGAACGUGGCUGCUAAAUAGAGCGCGCCCUGUGUUGUUGCUUUUGCGCCAACUAGCUCGACAAACUGCUGUCACGUGCCGCAAAAACUUUUCGUGCGCCGCUCAGAAACGGCACACCAACUGCUUGCAUGGGUUUUCCGCAUCAUGACGCGCGAAUAUUUUCAUUUUGUUGAUUUCGACACUUAAACUUCCAUAAAUGCCGAAGACGUUGCCAUGGUUGCGUCAGGGGAGAGUAAUAACGCGCUAGUGGAAAUGCCGGAUCCGGUAUAAAACAAGACAACUUCGCCACGGUCAUUUACCGGCAAUCCUGCAAGACAACAGCGUCGAAUUAUUUCACAGGCGAGCGCCCUUUAUUUGUUUGUGCAAUUACAAUACAAUAUUAAUAUACAAGAUUAAACUAAAAGCCCCGAUCCGAAGGAAGAACUUCUCAUGCAAAACCUGCUGAAUAAGCAUAGUGAGUGAAGACGGUGGUGAGGAGCAUCUUUCUUUCCAUAUCAGGAUAAUGAAGCCCUACACCAACACCAAGACUUCCAGGAGCUCGCGCAACGCAGGAAGUUCAACACGACACAGUCGGGGUCCUCGCUUCUCCAUGUUGCUACAAAGACCAAAAUCGUACAGACCAAAACCGUACCACAUGGAAACAUGUCUCAAGGUGAUGACCUAUAGCAGGCUCAAGAAGAAAUGUUAUGACCACGAUUUCAAUUCGUAGUAUGCAAGAACUAGAAGGAAGUGAAGCUACAGCUUCGUCCGCAUUGUGAUGUCAUCAUAGUACCAAGUACACUGAUACUCGAAGAUGAGUGGAAGGCAAGAAAAUGGUGGCCAUAGUCUUGUAGUUGUGACACAAAAAAAGUUGGAGUUCUACUCAACGCUCGAUGGCAGUGCUUCCGCUGUUGCCUCACGUCGGUGGCGCGGCUGCUGCCGUGGAUGCUCUCAGCCCGACCUCAGGCGAGGGAAAUACCUUGUAUAUAUGGAUCCUCUAUACGAAUGUAGUGCCACGACAUGCAAGCGCGACCGCGGCGCUACCACUGCUAGACAACAUCCAGGCUGGUGCGCUUGAUAUGAUUUUUUUUCCGUGACGAAGUUUUGCCCUCCUGAAGAGGAUGAGUUACUCGUAAAUUAUUUUUGUACUGUGUUGUUGUGUCGGAUACGAGAACGGGCACGGCUACGGGAACAAUUGAAUCUUCGUUGCACAACUCGGGAUCGCCUUGGGGCAUUUUUCGCUAUGAUUCUUGACUGGGAUCGAAGUUGCGACCGUUGUGACGUCUUGCUGCAUUGCCGCGAUGUUCGUGGGCUUGUCUGUGCAAAUUCGCGACAUGUGGAAAAAGGGCUUCCCACAUUGCCUAAAUCCAAGAGACAACGAAGUCGCACACGAUGAACCCGUGCUACAAGAACGAGGUGGAGGAGAUGAUGGACCUUUGCCGGUGUCACCUUCGCACAGCUCUACUAGCAAGCGAAAAGACGAGACGCAGACGGAGACGAGCAGCCCUGCUCAGCUUGAGGCUGCGGGUGAUGCCGCCAGUGCCACACCACAAGAUCUUCGUGUACAAAUACCCGCCUUCAUGGGCGAGGCGGCCGCCAAUCUAGAGAAGGGAAUGGACAAUCCAAGAUUGGCCGCCCAGACAAAUAUCCGCGACGUCAUUGAGAUCCUUGCGGAGCUGUCGCUCGCAGACAUGUUGCCAGGAGACGUGACGAGUUUGAGUCCCGCUUUGGGUCGCAAGAGAUCGGAUGAGGUCUUUCCGAAUUAUUUCGCCUUCCUCCGGGAGGAAGGUACCGAGCGGAUCUUUCUCUGGGCUGCUGCGAUCCACUAUUCCACAGAAAAGCGCACUCACACUAAAUGCCAAUUUGUUUUUGAUCGUGGUUCUGGUUCGUCCUGCGGAGAGGCAUCUUACUUUCUUGUAUGUUCACAACCGCGGCAAAUCCUUGCGAACCUCGUGUUGCAUUUUUUCUCAGGGCGUUCGUCUAUUGCCGAAAGUUGGAAUUUGUGCCUCCACUGCACAUACAACAACACGCAUGGGAAGUGAUGUGGUAUUUCGAAUUAUAUAUAUGUAGUCACGCCGCGGCCGUGGGCGUGCUUUUCUAGAUGAUUGCUAGGCAAGUGCGGACGAGAAGCAAGCCGCGGAGAUUGAGGCCUUCACAAAUCCGGAGAUAUCGGCAUGAAAAACAAAAAGCGCCCAAAAAAUUCAAACGGAGACUUCUUGUCGCGCAUGUUUUUUUUAUCACUGUGCUGUCACAAAGCAGCCAUGUUUUGCACAUAGAAAGUGAGAACCUACCGGACUGAGUUGCGUACUAGCGCACUUUGCAGGAAGCCGCCUGCAAGCGGCUCUCUUUGCUUACUGCAGAGAAAGCUGACUGGCGCAAGUUACUAGCAGUAGUGCUGCAGUCUCUGAGAAUUGAGGCGGGCUUUGGUAUUUGCAAUGUGAUACGAAGAAGCAUUCACCCCGAAGGACAAGCGCGACCUCUUCAGUGCUGUGGCUGACGGUAUCGCGGCGGAGGUUGUUCGAACAGGAGCCACGUCGGCCAGCGAUGUUCGUCAAGCCGAAGGCCCAAGAAGUUCCAUCGCCUCCUUUCUCGCAGUCGACCCGGUUGGAAGAAAGUUUGUUGCCGAAGUCUUGGGCGACUGGCUGGGCCCAGGCGCCAAUUGCAGGGACAAGGAUAGCGGAGCCUGUCCGGUUCAACAUUUGCCGCCGCCGCGCCCGCAAGCGGUUGCACUUUUUAGAUUAACGCAGGAAGUGCUUAAAAAGCUGCAGGAGGAGGACCGCGACGCAGUUUUUCAAAACCUGGUAGAUGCGCGGAUGCCCGACGGCGCAAUAGGCGCCGUGUAUGGGCGUGCAAUGAUUUAUCAGAAAUCGCAUUGCGUCAAGGGCAAUGACGGGCGCGAGCCGGACGUAUUUCAGAGAGAAACUGCCUGGGUCUCAUGCCUUUAUUUGGACACCAACUACGCAGGCGCGUGAAUCACCUGGCAUUAGAAGUCGAAUUAUCUCUGUUCUUCCGUCAGCAGCAAGGGGAACACGCCGAGAAAGCCUGGCUGAGGCAGCUUUUUUGCAUGUCGAGCGUGAUGGACGAAACCUGCUUGCAUGUCGAGCGUGGUUGCCGAACUUCUGUUCACACUCACCGAGCUGAGACUACAGGCGCAGUUUUUUCUCACGAUAGAAAGGCGGCCGGGAGCGGUCACCGCUAAUGCGUGCCGCGUUCGCGCAGUUCAAGAGGGAAGCCCAGGAGGAAGCGGUUACAGCUUGGAUGGCCGUUAGAAAUUAGGUAGGUUAUUUUGCGGAGAUUUGACAUUGUUGCUAGAAUUUCGCCGGCGUUGCGGGGAAAAAUUACGAACCAGCUUUCGGGCUCAGAAUUUUGAUUGCAAUGCGGGUUCUUCUUGUGAUCCCUUCUGGUGUCCCCUUCUUAGUUGCGUCUUCCCUGCUAGCAGUGUGGGUCCUUCUUGUGUCCGAAGGCAGAGACGAGAGUCUCUGCCUUCGCCCACAACGGACACGACGAACUGACUUUCCGGCUUCAUAGAUUUUUGCGGAAAAUUUGCUUGGUUAUUUUAUGAAAAGCUGCUUUUUUGCGCGCCGGUUAUUUUAUAAAAAUGUGGAUUGUGCCGCCAUGAUUAGAUUUGUGCGCGGGUGUUCGUUCGUAAAAUAACCAGCCGCAGUCUUGUAAAAUAACCCGUAAAAUAACCAAACGCGCAGUCAGCCCCAUUUUCGCCCUUCUGUAACAGCGUAAUCGCGAUGGUAUCGGGCGACAGAAAAACCGACAAUAUCGGGCGUUUUCAACUCUAGCCCGAUGGUGUGCGUGAUUUCCUGUCUAGUUUCCGCGUGCAGGCCCCAAAAGAUUAGCAACGCAGGUAGCUUGUCGCGGUCAUUAGUCAAGGCAUGAGCAGGAUGGUUGGAAAGGGAGGCGCUGAUAGUUGACGAUGUAAAAUCUCCGUAAAAUAACCAUUGUGAAUUCUAAUGGGUGUCCAAGCUCUAAGGAAGCGGACGCGGGUGGUCGUGCUCCGGAACUUGAGACCCUGCUGAAUGCGCAGGUCCAAGAAUUUCUGCGGCAGGUCGGGGUUGGGGGCGGUGUUGUUCUGCAAGAGCAGGACAAAAAGGAACAGGCCGGCGCCAUGGCGUCAGCAUCCGGGAGCCGGGACCCGCAAGGGGCUCUUGAAGCAGGGGCAGACGCUGCGCAGCAUGGGUCGGGGCCGGCACUUGCGGCCGAGGAACAAAAACCAAAUUCUUCUCAGCCCUCGCACCGAGCCACCGCUGCAGCAGGUGGCAGCGGGCAGCCAUCAGUUGUGACGACCGGCGCCGCAGCAAACAGCAGCACGGCCGUAAGGGCAGCCGCAAACCCUUUGGGCCCGGGGCCAGAGCCAGCUGCUCUAAGGCCAGGGCCAGGGGCCGUGGCAAGUGGUGUGCGGUCAGCUGCCGCGACAUCAGGAGCAGCGGGAGGAGGGCCGGCCGGUAGAGUGGGGCCAGACGCCCCACAGCAUCUGCAGUCGAGACCCGUAAUUGCGGCCCAACAUGCGACCCAGCCUACGGCGUCAACCGGGAAACAGCCACCAGAACAAGCGAAGAACAGCAAGUGCUGCUAA